AUGAAAUAAUCCAAAGUUAGCAAAUUUUUCACAAAUUUAACAGGAAGUCAAAUCGUAUCUCAAGUGCCCUCUCUAACAACAUCUACACUCAGCAAACAUUAUUAAAAUGCAAGCUCUACAGCCUCUAGUGGAAAUAAAUAUUUAGUUUACUCGAAACGCACAUCUCGAUUUCUUCUCGACUCAACCAAAAAACUCCCACUUUUUUCUCAUAUGAUGAAUACAGAAACUUAGGAUACUCCUAAAACUGUAACGGUUAAAAAGAGAAAGGCAAGUGGAAAUUCUGGAGACUUUCGCAUUGUUCAUUCACAUUAAAGAAACAAAACAGAGACUCUCGCCAAUACUAAAAACGAAUAUGUUUCUAAAUUAGACUUUCCAGAUCAGCAAUUUUAAGAAGUUCAACAACCAAACCUAUAACUAGACAUUUAGCAAACAGUUAAAACUCCUUAAUUAAUAGAGCAUGCUGGUGAAAUUCAGUAGAUAUCUCUAACAUCAAGUAGAACUGAAAAUAUCACUCACAUAGUAAAACCCUAAAUUUAUCAAGAGGAAAUAUUGAGAGAAAACUAUGAGUUCUCAAAAAUGGCUCGGGUAUAUCACAAAAUCAAAAGAACCUAGAUUUAUUAACAAAUUACAGAGAUAGUAUCCUUGAAUGAGAAGAGUUGUCAUCUGAUGAGAAAACUAAGAUAAAUGUUGCAUACUCACAGAGAUAAACAGAAUUUAUUAGAAUUGGAAAUCAAAAAGAAAAAGGAUCCCUUUAUAGAUUCCUAAUUUUAAAAAACAUUAAGCAAUAUGCCAGAGGAGAGAACACCAAAAGCUAUUGAAUCAAAAUUUAAUUUUAAGUUAAGCACUAUCACAAAAAAACAAACUAAAAUUCAUCCCAAUUUAAGUAUCUAAGAGACAGAAUCGAAUCUACCUAUUAAAACAAUUAUUGAUGCUCUAAAGGAAAAUAAAGAAGAUAAAAUAGAAAAAAAUAAAAUUGAUAAAUAAUUGAUGAUUCAACAAGUUUAAAAAAAAAAUAUCAAAGUAACCGUUGCUUUUGAGGAAAAUGAGAAAUAAAUCGAAUUUCAUAUGCCAAAUUAUAUAGACGAUGUCUUUUAAGCCCAUGAUUAAUUGACAGAUGUAAAAGAUAAUAGAAAAUCAAAUAUUUAUUCUUUAGUCAGUAAAUCAAUGUUACAAAACAAAUUCGCUUUAAGAUUAGUCAAGAAAUUUGGAGACAAAGUCCUUAAUACAUAAUAAGACAAUGAUGCGAUUGAAAAUUUCAACUCUUUCAAAGCUUCAUAAUUUGCAAGAUAUUAUCUACAGAAUCAUGUUCAAAGAUGUUUAGAAAUCUUUUAUGAGCCAUAAUAAGAUUAGGAGGAAAAGCAAAAUAAAAAUAUAUCAAAAUAAAGCUUUUUUAAUAGUAACUAUUAUUCAGAAACAUUUCAAGAUGGUUCAAAUAAGACUUCUUUAUAAUAUCUUAAAUUAAAUAAGUAAUGCGAAAUAGAUACUUUAUUUUAUACUGUUGCAUGUAAUCACUAAGGAUAUCCAAGUGAUAACAGCAUAUUGAGUGCUAAUAUUUCUUAAUUGGAUAUCAGUGAUGGAGAAAUACAAACUUAAUUUAAAAUCAAUUACAUCUCUCAAAUCGUAAAUUUAAUAUCUCUAAAUGAUCUAAAACAAUAGAAAUUAAGAGUUAUAGUAAACAUAGUGGAUGAUGAAACUAAAAACUAGUUUUUACAUGAAGAUCUCAUGAGAUUCCCAGAAAUAAUUAAUUUAGUUAUCCAAAACGAGGAUGAUUCUGAAAACAAUUAGAGUUAUAGAUUCUUAAUAAUUUACAUAAAUAAUUAUUGUAAGUUGACUAAAAAAGUUUAAAAACUGAAUUUUCCUAAAAAUACAAUAACAUUUUAAUAGGAUUAUUUGAAGAAUAUAAAUACCAUCAAAUAACUCCAACGGAAAAGAUUUACUUUUAAUUGUGUACUCAAAAUGACUUAGAGUUAGCAAGACUUAAUGAUCGAUAAUUUGAAUUCAAAAAGUAGACUCGCAUCUCCAAUAGGAUCUAAUGAAUCAAAGUUGACUGUCAAGGAAUGGAAUCCAUUAUUUGCCAAAGGAAUGAUGUUGAAAAAGAAUUAGAAAUCAAAGAAUUUAUUAGGAAAUUAGAAAUUUUCUUCUUCAUCACAAAAUAUUAUGUUUGCUAGUUCUAAGAAUUUUUAAGGUCUGUUACAUACAGACAACAAGUCGAAUCCCAAUUUAUAAUAGUUUUAGUGCUCUGAAAUUAUUCAAAACUAAUAAUAAAAAGAAGUUGAAUAAUAAAUAAAAUCUAAAUCUGAACAAUAGGCUAAAUCCAAAUCUUCUCAAGGAUUAAUUUCAAUCAAAUCCAAUUUUAUCACCCAAUAAUCGAUGGAACCAACUUCUUUAUUGUUUAGAAGUAUGUUAUUACAAGAAAGCUAACAAAAUGAUAAAUCUAAUAUUGAAAGAGCGUUCUCCUUAAUAGAGGAUCAUCGAUUGCAAGACUUAAAAGACUUGCUGAAUCAUGAUUAGAAUAUCAAUAUAAACACUUAAGAUGAAAAAGGGAAUACCUUUUUAAUAUAGGCAGCAAGAACAGGAGCAUUUGAAAUAAUUUCUUUCCUACUUCGCCAAGGAGCAGAGAUUACCAUAAAAAAUAAUGACGGGUUAAAUGCUUCACAGAUAGCAAUCAUUCAUUUAUAGUUUGAAGCAGCAGAUGAGAUUAAUAGAUUUAGUAGGUCAAAUUCAUUUAUAUCCCAUUGA